CCCAGUCCCCUUAAGGCAGAGCUCCCCAGGGAGGAGCACAGCUGAGAGCGAACCCAGCCUCGAGGAACUGCCGCAGGCGGGUAUCGUGGCCAUUCACGGACACCCAACCAUACAAAAAAGAAGAACUUUGUCCCUUUCUUGUCAUUCUGAGACUGCGAACCCUGGAGUCCUAAAUCAUCACACAGGAAGCUGAGGACUUCCUGCUCAAUCAGGACGUUGAACCUUGAUUUCAUGAAGAUUCUACAAGCUCCAGAAAUAGAGACUUCGUGGACAAAAUCCUUAGAGAUCAGACCCACUGCCUUUCCCAGCAGAGUAAACAGACACCGUUUGCCUUGACUCGUGCAAGAAGCCAGGAUGGAAACCACAGCCCCCAGCAGGGACUAUGACCAGUCGACAAUGUAUGACUAUGAGGGCAUAACCCCAUGCCAGAAGGGAGAGGUACGGGCCUUUGGAGCUCAGCUGCUGCCCCCCUUGUAUUCCCUGGUGUUCAUCAUUGGCCUGGUCGGCAACAUCCUGGUGCUCCUGGUCCUCAUGCAAUACAGGAGGCUCAAGAGCAUGACCAGCAUCUACCUUCUCAACCUGGCCAUGUCGGACCUGCUCUUCCUCUUCACGCUGCCCUUUUGGAUUGACUACAAGCUAAAGGAUGACUGGAUUUUUGGUGAUGGCACCUGUAAGUUGCUCUCGGGGCUUUAUUACACAGGCUUAUACAGCGAGAUCCUUUUCAUCAUCCUGCUGACCGUCGACAGGUACCUGGCCAUCGUCCACGCUGUGUUUGCCCUGCGGGUUCGGACUGUCAUCUUUGGUAUUAUCAGCAGCAUUGGUGCCUGGGUCCUGGCCCUCUUGGCCUCCAUCCCAGGCUUCUACUUUUCCAAGACCCAGCGAGAACUCUCCCACACUACCUGCAGCCUCCACUUCCCUUAUGAAGACCUAAAAGCCUGGAAACAGUUCCAGGCUCUGAAACUGAAUUUACUGGGGCUGGUUUUGCCUCUGUUCGUCAUGAUUAUCUGCUACACAGCGAUCAUAAAGAUUCUGCUCAAGCGACCCAACGAGAAGAAGGCCAAAGCCGUCCGGCUCAUUUUUGUCAUCAUGAUCGUCUUCUUUCUCUUUUGGACUCCCUACAACCUGACCAUGUUGAUCUCUGCUUUCCAAGACAGCCUGUUCACCGAUGAGUGUAGGCAGAGCAAACAGCUGGACCUGGCGAUGCAGGUGACCGAGGUGAUCGCCUACACGCACUGCUGCGUUAACCCUGUCAUCUAUGCCUUCGUCGGGGAGAGGUUCCGCAGGUACCUGCGCCAGCUGUUCCACAGGCUGGUGGCCAGGCAUCUGGCUAAAAGGUUCCCCUUCCUCUCCACGGACAGACUCGAGAGGGCCAGCUCCAUGUCUCCCUCCACGGCGGAGCAUGAGCUUUCUGCUGGGUUCUGACUCGGGCCCAGCAAGGGUGGCCCGCCAGUCACUCUGACCCAAGCCGAGGCAGGUUGGGUCUCCCCACCAGGUUCAGACACCUGGCAGAGCAUGGAAUUGCAGCCAUGUGGAGGUGAGGGAGUUUAAGGGCAGUCCAGACGAAAUCACCUCCAGAGCUUGCAUCCUCUCCAAGAACUCCUCCCUGGUAGGAAGGAGGGGAGUGAGCGAAAUGGAACAUUCCAGAAGACUAAGAGGGUGGGUGCAGGGGAAAAGCUUGGGCCCCAACAGGAUUUCAGAUUUGUGAUCAUUAACAUUCGUAAACAAAGCCACUGAGCAUCCCUGCCCACGUCCCUGUCCCUACCAUCAGUGAACUUGGAGUCAGUGAUUUCCUACUGACUCUACUCUGAGCAAGGAGCCAAACAGGAACCAGCAGCCUCCUCCCCACCCUCACCUACCCCCACUCCACCCCCACUGCAGGGUUUAGACCCUUGGAAACCCUGAGAAACAACUCAAGUCCCAGUGAGAAAUAGGAUUGGGGAACUGUCCUUGGCAGUGGAACUGAGAAAGCCCUUGGCGAGAAUUGUUACAUUUGCAAAAAUCAAACAAUUCAGGCAGUGGACUAGUCACGGAUCACAUGCAUACUAUGCUUUACUUCUUGAAAUCGCCACAGAGGGGAGGGACUCAUUAUUUCCAGUUUCUUCUUUCUGAAUAUUUUCCAGAAUCUCCCUUCCUUGUAAGUUGGAUGAUGUGGGAGUACAUUCUGAUGGCUUUAUUGCAGAAAUUAAUAUCAGGCUCUGCUUCCCCACCCAAGCCUUCUGGUUUUACAGGUCAGAGUUCUGGCUGCCACCUGGGACACAUCCACAGAAAAAUGACCUGGUGUGCAGCUAACAGUGUUUGAGGCUGAGAGGGAGGAGGGUGAGGAGGGGACUCACGUUGAUGUGGAAGGUUGAGAGGAUCCUAAACUCAAAGGAACAUAUUUCCCCUAAAUGUCCUUAACACUUGAUCUCUCACCAGGGACCUCCUGGUCAUCACAAAUUUCUUCCCUUUUCCCUAGGAUGUGUAUUUCUUUAAAAAGAAUUUUCCCAAUAACAAAAACAGCUUAAAAACACAAAGGGAAAAAGAGAACACCAAAAUCACCCAAUUCUCACUACCCAAAGACAAGUACCGUGCACUCUUGGAUGUCUUUUCUUUUAGCUUGGUGUCUUUCCUGUGUGCAUUUACGAUGGCGACAAAGAUGGACUUCAACUGUACUCUUGUUGUUUUUAAGUAGAAGUAUGUUGGGGUCACUUUCCUA